CAUCUUUUCUGUUGAGUUUCUUCUGCCUGUGUGGAUAAAGACGCAACAUUAUUACUAAACGCUCAGAUGUUUCGUACAUUAAACGUGAUUAUUCAAUGCGCACAAAACUUUAAAGUCGCGGUAUUUCAUAAACUAAAGCAAACUUUGGCCACACGCUGUUGUUGCACCAUCAUGUACUAUUGAAUAUUGUCAGGCAGGACAUUUUUAAUUUGGGUGUGAUGACCGGAAGUUGUGUUUUGUCGUUAGAGCACCAUUUAAACAAUAUGGCUUUUAUUUUGAAAGACUUGGCGUAUUUUAGUCCUAUUAGUAGCUUGACCCGAUCACAGCUUUACUUUGGAAAACACAAUGUAACUUAACAAUCCGAUAACAGCACAGAUCCAUAAAUACAUUUUGACCAACGCUGUCGUCAGUUUGGUUGGAGAACUGAAACGUUUUUUUGUUUUUUUGGUAGAGGAAGAAGUUGCGCCUGCGCAAAGGCUGAACAUACAGUUGUUUCCCCAGGUUGAGGUUUGUUGCUGAUUCGCUUGAAGAUCAGCCGCUGUUGGAAAAACACAGCCGAUGUACAGUCAAGUCCCGUAUCAGAGCGAUCCACAGGGAUAAGACAAAUCGACAGUCUAGGCCGUGGAUUAUACUGGGGCUGAAAUCGUGCAUGAUGCAUUUAUUUCUGCAGGUUUAGUAAACGAGAUGAGUCUUUUGAUGUGGAUGCUGCUCUCUUGCACGUAUUUUGGAUGAUUCCCUACAGCCACGUCAACGAAUUGAGAUGAUCUAUUUUUGUGAUGGCGAAGAGUCUGUUUCCUCGGGCCUGGGUGAAAAAGUCUUUUUACUUCCAGGCUCGACUCUCCUUUGUUCGGGUGAAGUACCUGUUCCUUACAUGGCUGGCUGUGUUGGUGGGGAGCUGGGUGCUCUAUGUGCAGUACUCUGCUUACACAGAGCUUUGCAGAGGACACGAGUGCAAGAACGCCAUUUGUGAUAAAUACAGGAGGGGAAUAAUCGAUGGCUCUGCCUGCAGCAGUCUGUGUGACAAAGAAACACUCUACAUGGGCAGGUGUCUGUCAACACUGCCAAACAACCAGGUUUACACAGGAAGCUGGGGAGACCGUGAUGGGAUUAUCCGCUGUAAAUUGGGAGAGGUUGUGCAUUAUGAGCUGGGCGAGGAGCCGGAGCCACGGAGAGAGGCCUCCAUGUUCGACAAGCCCACCAGAGGCACAUCAGUGCAAAAGUUCAGAGAGAUGGUCUUUAAUCACGUCAAGUCUAAGCUUGGAGAGCAGGCUAACCUUGCCAACCUCAUCAGUCAGAUCCUGUCUGUUGCCGAUGGCAACAAAGAUGGACGGGUGUCACUGCCAGAAGCCCGCUCUACAUGGGCCCUUCUGCAGAUGGACGAGGUGCUGCUAGGUUUGCUGCUUCAGGACCGUGGACACACUCCACGCCUCCUUGGCUACUGUGGGGACCUGUAUAUGAUGGAGCGAGUCCCCUACAGGCCCCUGUAUGGUUUGUCUCUACCCUGGCCGCUCGUGUCCUGGGUACCUAGCGGCAUGCAGCGCAGUAUGGACCAGUGGUUUACCCCCUCAUGGCCUCACAAAGCUAAGAUCUCCAUGGGUCUGCUGGAGCUGGUGGAGGACAUCUUCCAUGGCACCUACGGCAGCUUCCUCAUCUGCGACCUUGCCGCGGUGCACUUUGGUUACACUGAGCGCCAUGAACUCCGUCUUACCAACACCCGAGCAGUUGUUCCUGAGGAUGAGUUCAGACGCACUAUGCGAGUGCUGAAGUGUGAGACAGAUGCUGACUGUGUAUAUGGGGUGGACUGCCGGACGUCAUGUGACGUGUCGGAAAAACUGUGCAUGGAGGAGCCAGUCCAGCCAAACUUGGCAAAGGCAUGUAGUGCAUUGAAGGAUUACCUCCUGCGUGGGGCACCGUCAGCGAUGAGAGAGGAACUGGAACGGCAGCUGUAUGCCUGUAUGGCUCUGAAGGGUAAUGCUGGACAGAUGAACAUGGAGCACUCACUUAUCCUCAAUAAUCUGAAGGCUCUGCUGUGGAGACAGAUCUCGCAUACAAAAGACUCGUGACGAGGUGAAGGUGAAGAAAUCCUCCUGUGAUUGUGCCAGUCAGUUCCUCACAUGGAGCUGAGGAUUAAAGAUGCUGUGAUUUAGGAGUAACAAUUUUAAUGAAAUAUAUUUUAGCCGCUCUCAACACUUCUGAAUGAACCGACAGAAACUUUACCUCCUCAGUCCCAGUUUCGCUCUAGUUACACUCAUAAACUCUGCCCCAAACCACAACCAAAAAGACAAAGAGAAAAAUGUCCACACAUGAGAUUUACUAAGCAAAACCAGCUACGUUUCGACUAACAUGGUCUUUGUCUGGCAUAUAAUCAAGAAGUUGGCUGUAUAAAUAGGACAGCACAACCACACCACAUUAGGGAAUCACAAGGUGCAAGGAAACUGUUUGAUAUACAGUAAAUCUAUUUUUGUGUUUUGUAUUUUCUUUUUUCUGUGGAUUUAAUUGUUUCAGAUUGUUUGUACUUUGAGCUGUCUCCUUCUAUUGGUGUUAUUUGGAUUCAGCAUUUUAUUUUGACUUUUUGAGACUGAUUAAUUAUGAUCUAUUAAUCAGGGCAAAUAGUUCUGUAGUGUAUUAUGACUGUUGGUAUUGAUGUCUCCGUGUGCCGUGUUAUUCCCUAAUUAUGGGUGUGGUCACGUUGUCCUACACUAUUUAUAGAUGCUACUUGUGUCUUCUUAUUUGCCAGACAAAGACUACGUUGGUCGAAACUUAGCUUGUUUUGCUUAAUAAAUCUAUAGCGUAGUGUGCAGACAAUUCUUUUCUCUUUUCAGUCCUGGACCUGUGUCCAAGUUGGAUUGGAUGUGCACAUAAGGUAAGUGUGACUUGCAGGAGGAGGCGUGUCUUGUUGUGGCAUAACGCCAUAGGAGGUGGGUUUGCGGGCAUUUCUCACAUAUCUCAUGACGAACUGACACGUUAUAUCCGUCUUGGCAGUUCACAGAAAUACUUUUGACUUUGAAAAUCUGAAACAACCAGAACGAUUGCAUGCUACCAUCAGUAUAUUAUACUGUUCACCGUAGUGGAACAUUAGGAAGGCACCGCUGGAAAAAGUUUAUUUUGAUAAUGUAAAGCUGAUGGCUUUUGUCAGGCCUCUGUAUGAUAAACUGAGGCAGUUUAACCUCAAAACAGACAAUGUGAUGGUAUUUCUCUAUCAGUAUUCCACAGGUCACAUACUGUGUAUUGGUGUGCUUCAUCAUGCUGCACAUUUAACACCUGCAACUGUAGUGAUAUAAUCAAUGCUGCACCGACAACAAAGAUUUACAGUGGGUACGGAAAGUAUUCAGACCCCCUU